GUUCGAAAGCGUUGCUGAUCGAACAGGCUCAUCGGACAAGCCGGGUGCCGGGACCGGCCGGUGCGGUGGCGCAACGAUCCACGUGUUACACGCUCUUCUCGAUCUUUCUACCGACGGGUCUAUUUGUAAACAGCGCGACGUAAGAUGGACGUGUACGAGUCCCGCAGAAACGACUGGGAAGAUUUCGACGUGUCACGGGAGGAGCUGAAGAACAUAGCCGACUGCCUGAAGAAGGAGGAGUUUCGCAAGCUGCUGAUCGAAUACGCGGAGGAGGUGGCCGACCCGGAUAACAGGAAGCUCUACGAGAAGGAGAUCACCCAGCUCGAGAAGGAGCGGGGCGUAGAUGUGACGUUCGUUAACCCCGAGCCCGGUUACGUCAUUAAAACCAGUGUGAAUGGUGACAGGAAGUGCUUUCUGAACAUCAGCAAGAACGACGUUGUCGCGCGGCCGACCAGUCAACCCUCGUACGAGCAGGGUCAUCGUGGUUUACAGUGGUCUAUUCCGUAUACGUUGAUACCACCGCGUUAUGACCUUGACAAGAAGAAUGUGCGCUGCAUGGUGUUCGACGUGGUCUUCCACCCGGACACCAUCUAUCUGGCGUCCAAGAACGCUCGCUUCCGCGAGAUCGUCAACAACACGGCGAUGGACGGUGUGGAGAGUAACUUUAAGGUGAAGCUGGACAAGAAGAAUCUGAAGUUUCCUAAAAUCAGUUUCAAAGGGAUGACACAUCCUACGGUGAUCAGGAAACCUUCGGAGGAGCCGCCAAAAGAACCAUUGGAUAUAGAGCCAGAGAUCUAUCAGAAAAUAAUGUCGAAUUACGAUGAAAGUCGUGAGAUUCUAAAGCGAAAGGAGGAGAAGUCGCAACGUGUCCCACCUGUCACCACCUAUUACAAGUGCAAGGAGCAAAAGCCUGUGGAUGAAAGAUAUGUUACUCCCAAAUUUAUUAUCAAACAUCAGUCUGAUGUGGAAAUGGAGGAUUUUGUUUUGAGCAGAGAUGCAAAGAUGUUUGCCACGAUCCCUAAAAGAUUGGUGAUCACCAUAGAUUUGCCUCUGUUGAAAAGCGCCAACGAUGCGACGCUGGAUAUACAUGAAUGGGCUCUUACUUUAAAAAGUGAAAAGCCUGCAAAGUACUUGUUAGAUUUACCAUUACCGCAUCCCGUAGAUGGAGAUAAUGGAAAUGCUAAAUUUGAUCCAAAGUAUAAAAAAUUAAUUGUAACUUUACCGGUUAUUCGGCCAACGAUACCAGUAGAUGGCAUCAGUAGAGUGAAUUGUGAGAUUGACAGUGAUCAAAACGGUCCAGUAACAUCUAAGGAUGAAGAAAAAAAUUUACCCAAUAAUAAAAUAGAGUUAGUGAAAGAGUGUGAAAGCACAUACGAAAAUGUCGAAUUUGAUAAGGAAAAUAAAUUAACAGACAAGUGCGAAGAUACUGCCUUACGGACUAGUAAUACGACAGAAAUUGCUGAUGAAUUUAUGAAUCCUAGUGUUAAAUAUAACCUUCCUGCUUAUACUUGUAAUAUUUACAAUAAUCAGUUAGCCAUUAUUAUAAAUGUAAAAAACGUAAAUCCAGAUGCGAUACGCCACAAAAUUUUAGAUAAUAAUGUAGGAAUACAUAUCUUGUUAACGUCUGUAGGCGCCGGAUUUUUUCCACAAUAUUAUUCGUUGUGUUUUAAAAUAGAAAAUGGCUGUAUUGAGCCAGAAACUCUUACGAUUGAACCAUGGGAUAAUAAUGUUGUGUUUAGCAUCACAGUGAAUAAUAUUGAGGAUGUAACACAAUAUUUCGUUGGAGUGGAUAUGGAAUUUAUGGAAAGAAAGGAUCUUCCCACAGCGGCAUCCUUUACAAACAAGUUUAAGGAAUUAAUGUGCUCUACAAAAGACGAACCUCAGGUGGAAAGACAAAUCUCUGUACAGCCACAAGACGAUGGCGUUGUUAUAAAUAUUCAUCCAAAUCAACAAGAUUCUGAUGAUGAAGAGGAACAAGAGAGCGCAAGAGUUGUGAAGCGACAAGAGAAGAAGCAUGUCAUCGAGAAAGCUAGAUCAGUUUCAGAAAGCAGUGGGGAUGAACUAGCAAGCAAUAGUAGUAACAGCAGUGCGAGACUUUCGAAGGGAAUAUUAAAGUCACGCCGUGCUCGCGAUUUCUCACGUUCCAUGUCUGAAUCAAGCGCCGAUGAAAACAGCCUCCCUGCAUCAUGCACAGAUUAUAAUUACGAUCAUUACGAUUCCAUACACGAUGUCAAUUCUGAAUCAGAUUGUUCAAGUUUAAAAAAGACUGUACGAUUUAACGAUGUAGUUUCACGACAGUUAUUUAGAUCCAAUUCGAGUAUUCUUGGACAACGAAAGAAGAAUCAGCGCAAACUACGAAAUAAGAAACGCGCGCAUGAUCGCCGACUAAGCGAAAGUGAAAAUUCUGAAACUGAAGAACGUGACAAGUAUAAAGUAGAUUAUAAGCGUUCUUCGAGUGAAGAAACUUCUGAGAACGUGAAACCUAUACUCGCUCGAGAUAAGAAUUCGCAGCAACAAAGAACCGCCAAUAUUGAGAUUGCAAAAUCGAAAGAUGAUGACAAGCAUUCUUCAUACAAACGUAAAUCUAGCUUCGAAGAAAAAUCCACUGAAGAUGUUCAAGUCGAUACCUCGAUUAAAGCCACGAAAGAUGUAGUUCAAUUGGAAUUUAAGAAUGAUCUGAUAUUCGAUCUUGAUAUGUAGAUAUGAACUACAAGAUUUCCGUUGUCGGAGUAUUGGUAUACUGAUAUACUGAGGAGGAUGAAAUUGGAGUUUUCCAACUGCUGAUCUGGCGAAUGCGGACUACGUCGAUCGUGUGUCACGGCGCGUAUCCGCGAAAACGUCGAGUGCCGGGUCGUGCAAACCGCCGUGACACGAUGUGCAAAAGCAGGAGCCAUAGGGCAAGAACGGCGCGACGGCGGAACGUGGUGAUCGAAAAGUAGGGCACGGCCCACGGCGGAAACAACCGGGCCGCGCUCUCCGAGCCCGCGCCGCGGGAUGAGAGUUCGGCCCCCCCCCCGGAGUUCGAGACCAUCGAUCCCGCUACUCGCGCUGGUGUAUAAGGUCGUUAAACUAACCCCGGUCUACCCUGCGCGGUAUCUUUCGCCGCAUCGCCGCAUACUUCCUCGUAUUAUUCCUAUUGAUGUACCAUCAGGAGGGAGACCGGACGCGACGCGAUGUUCUAAUUUCGCGCGAUCACGAUCGCGUCGGUUUAUAUUGUCGUCGGUUCGUCGUCGCCUCGUUGCCAGCGGGUCAUUUUAAGUUUCAACCAGGUUGCUCAUUGCGACGCGUUGGCGAGGCGAAUCUCGAGGAACGGAAUCUCAGCGUUCUCGUUACGCAAUCUUUAAUGAGGCGUAUCUUCUGCGGUGUUCAUUUACAGAUUGCUAGGCUUUUAAUUAGAAAAAGAAGUUAUAGUAAAGCUCUGACAUUCUU